CCCCUUUAAGACGAAGGCCCGAGGGCUGCAGGCGGCGGCGGUGGAGACGCGGCGAGGUCCGCUCUCAGUCCGGCCCCGGACCCCGCGCCAGGCGAGAGUCUAGGCAAAAACUCGCGAUCCCCAGGCCCUGUCUGUGUCAGCGGCUGGCGGCAGCCCUGUGACAGUCCGGGAGAGGGCGCCUCUCCGGGCCGCCUGGGUGGGGGCCGGAACUUCCUGAGCUGCAGCCUCACAGGUCAUUUCCCGGCGGGGAGGCUGAGCCCGGAGGAGGUGGGGCUAACCCCGUGAAGCUGCCCCGCCGGCUUUCCGGCACCGCGCGGGGGACUGUGAGGCCGGGACCCCCUCCGCGCCUUUGCACCAGCUGUGACCCCUUGCAACUGGGGUGCCCGGCGGAGCUGCGCGCUCUCCACGCCCCUAGAGCCUGCGCCCCGGGCCCCGUGCGCAUUUUGCACGGGGGAGACUGAGGUUGGGAGUGCAAACCUCGCACUGGACACGGCCAGGUGGUGGUAGCCUGAGCCCGCGAGACUCCCUCCCCCCGCCCCGCGGUCGCCCGCACCCUGGAGCCCUGCUCAGAUCACGGACUCCAAUGGCGGCGGCGGCGGCGGCGCUGCGGGACCCCGCACAGUUAGAAACAUCCAAAAUGUGGCAUCUGGUGUGUGGACGGGAGCGUAGCUGUGUGUCAGAUUUUGGAGGGCUGCGUGACCUUUAAGGAUGUGACCAUUUACUUCUCAAAGGAGGAGUGGGGGCUCCUUGAUGAGGCUCAGAGACUCUUGUACUGCGAUGUGAUGCUGGAAAACUUUGCACUUAUAGCCUCACUGGGACUUAUAUCUUUCAGGUCCCACAUUGUUUCCCAACUGGAGAUGGGGAAAGAGCCCUGGGUGCCUGACAGUAUGGAUAUGACUUCAGCCGUGGCCAGAGGGGCUUAUGGCAGGCCUGGCUCUGAUUUUUGCUGUGGAACAGAGGGCAAAGAGUUACCUUCUGAGCAUAAUGUUUCUGUAGAAGGGGUGGCACAGGACAGGAGUCCCAAGCCAGCUCUGUGCCCCGAGAAGACCUGCCCCUCUGACAUAUGUUGCCUGUGCUUGAAAGACAUCUUGCAUUUGGCUGAACACCAGGCAGCACAUCCCAGGCAGAAACCAUUUAUGUGUGAGGCAUAUGUGAAAGGCUAUGAGUUCGGUGCAAACCUUGCCCAGACACGGGUGCAGCAGAACGUACACAACCCCAUUGGAAGGGAGGAGGACCAGGUUUCGCCUGUGGAGACCAACGGAGACCACACAUCAGAGCAGCUUUUCACCUGCAGGGAGGGCAGGAAGGACUGUGUGGCCAGAGCAGGGUUUCUGCAAUAUGAGAUCACUCCCACCGAUGGGGAGCCACGUAAGGCCACUGAAGGUGUGGUGGAUUUUCACACUGCACAGAGGCAUAACAAGUGCCGUCAAUCUGGGGAUGCCGUCAAUGACAAAUCCACUCUUGUUCAGCACCAGAGAAUCCACGGCAGAGAAAGGCCUUAUGAGUGCAGCAAAUGUGGAAUCUUCUUCAAUUAUGCUGCUGGCCUCAUCCAGCACCAGAAAGUUCACAAUAGAGGAAAACCAUAUGAGUGCCGCGAAUGUGGGAAAUUCUUCAGCCAGCACUCCAGCCUCGUUAAGCAUCGCAGGGUUCACACUGGUGAAAGCCCUCACAUGUGCGGUGACUGUGGGAAGUUCUUCAGCCGAAGCUCUAACCUUAUCCAGCACAAGAGGGUUCACACUGGCGAAAAGCCGUAUGAGUGCAGUGACUGUGGGAAGUUCUUCAGCCAGCGUUCCAACCUCAUUCAUCAUAAGAGGGUUCACACGGGCAGAAGUGCCCAUGAGUGCAGUGAAUGUGGGAAAUCCUUCAACUGCAACUCCAGCCUGAUUAAACAUUGGAGAGUUCACACUGGAGAAAGACCUUACAAGUGCAACGAAUGUGGGAAAUUCUUCAGCCACAUCGCCAGCCUCAUUCAGCAUCAGAUAGUUCACACUGGCGAGCGGCCUCAUGGGUGCAGUGAGUGUGGGAAAGCCUUCAGCCGAAACUCUGACCUCAUGAAACAUCAGCGAGUUCAUACCGGUGAGCGGCCUUAUGAGUGCAAUGAAUGUGGGAAGUUGUUUAGCCAGAGCUCCAGCCUCAAUAGCCAUCGGAGACUUCACACUGGUGAACGGCCCUACCAGUGUAGUGAAUGUGGGAAAUUCUUUAACCAAAGCUCCAGCCUCAAUAACCACCGGAGACUUCACACCGGUGAGCGGCCUUAUGAGUGCAGCGAAUGUGGGAAAACCUUUAGGCAGAGGUCCAAUCUGAGGCAGCACCUGAAAGUUCACAAACCAGAUAGGCCUUAUGAGUGCAGUGAAUGUGGGAAAGCUUUCAGCCAAAGGCCUACCCUCAUUCGACAUCAGAAGAUUCACACUAGAGAAAGGAGCAUGGAGAAUGUGCUCCGUCCCUGUUCAAUGCAACAGCACACAGCAGAGAUAAGCUCUGAGAACAGACCUUAUGAGGGUGCUGUCAACUACAAGUUGAACCUUUUUCAUCCAAGUACCCACCCUGGAGAGGUUCCCUAGGAGUGCUAGCUAUGUUGGAAGCUUUCUGGAGCCAAGUUACAUUCUCUUACCAUGGAUUUUAUCAGCAUUUUUUCACUGCUGGGGUUGCGAUAGAACCCACAUCAGCACCACACACUGCAACUCUCCAGACUGUGUUGACCACUCCACUGUGCUCAGGGAAGGCAGACUUCUCCUCUCUCUUUCCAAUCCCUAAAGGGAAUUGGGAGUAGUCUGAAGCUGUGGGGAGAUGUCAUUCCCAUCCUGUAUGCCUGGUUUAGCUGUGGACAUGAUCAGCCUUUGGCUGUGAAGACCUGAGCAGGGUUCUGCUGACAGCUUGUUCUAGAGAAGGUUUCCCUUUCUCUGGGACAUGUUGGUCUCAUGGUAUGCCUGUGAUGGGUUUGUCCAGCCUUCAUGUUACUCAGUGCAACAACUUAUCUCCUGUGUAUCACCCUGGUUCCUGCGAUGAUAAGGGCCUUAUGAUAAAGCUGCCUUUAAUCUUCUAUGGUCUGAUCACUGUGUAGGGUGGUUCAAGAACAGAAUUAAGAUCUACCAAACUAAGGGGGUGGCCAGAUUAUCUUGGAGGGGACAGGAGGAUGGCAGAGAACAGCUGUCAAUCCAGACUGGGCCUCAUUUACAUUGCUAUCUAGUCCUGCUAGGAAAAAUUGUAGGAAUUUAUUAUGAUCUGAAUGGCAUGAAUUUGUACCCCGAGGAGGGGGCAGUUGUGACAACCUCCAGUGCAUGUAGGAGCAGCGUGAAUUGGGUCCCUUAUUCCCAAGAGGUGCCCCAUAUUCCCCAACACCAUAAAGCAGAUGCUGUUUAGCACCUGCCAAGGGGCCAUAUGCCCUGAGGUUCAGCAUUAGGCAGGUGUCUCUUAACUGUUACCCUGCUGGGGCCAUAAUUUGUACAAAAACACUGGGUGUGAUUAAUAGGGAGUAGGUGAGAUUAUAGUAAACCAGCAGAAAUGGACCUGUUCUAUAGGUGCACCCAUGAAUGUUCCCUUGAAUAUGGCUGUGCAGGAUUCAGGGUUUGCAGAAAUUCUCAGGACCUCUAGACCUCUGUCCUAUGACUAAUGUUACUGGCAGAGCAAAUAAUCUCCAUAUAAAAAAGAGAUUUUAGUUUAAUGGAUUACUGUCUCUGUGCUGUGCAUCUCAAGGCCAGUGCUGUGCUAGCAGGAAAAUAGGGACUAAGAAAAAACAGGGAUUAUAGCAUCUCUGACGUAGCCAGCCAUUCUUUGUUCCUAAAGCAAGAAGAAAGAGAUGGCAGAGUCAAUAUAGGGUUGCCAAAUCUGAUUUUCUAAAAUGAGUAGGAGGUUGGAUUUUUAUGUGCAACAGUUCCUUUUGGUGCUUUGUUGAUACGUAAUUGUCAUGCAAUAAUUGUACACAUUUGGUAAGUUUUGUACACUCAGGGAACCAACACCAUAGUCAUGAUAGUGAACGUAUCCAUCCCAGGCAAAGCUACCUCCUGCCCCUUUACAGUCCCUCCUUGCCUUCCCCAGGAAACCAUUGAUUUACAUUUUUCACUUCAGAUUUGUUUACCUUUUCUAGAAUUGAUACAAUUGGAAUCAUAAAGUAUUUAUACUCUUUUGCAGUCUGAUUCUUUCAUGCAGCAUAAUUAUCUUGAGAAUCAUCCAUGCUUUGUGUAUAUAUGGUUCAUUCCUUUUACUACUGAGUAGUGCUCUGCUGGUUGAGUACACCAUAGUUAUUUGUGAUUUAUUUUAGAAUGUUAAAAAAGCCGGGCGCGGUGGCUCGUGCCUAUAAUUCCAGCACUUUGGGAGGCCGAGGCGGGUGGAUCACGAGGUCAAGAGAUCAAGACCAUCCUGGUCAACAAGGUGAAACCCCGUCUCUACUAAAAAUAUAAAAAUUAGCUGGGCAUGGUGGCGCAUGCCUGUAGUCCCAGCAACUCGGGAGGCUGAGGCAGAAGAAUUGCUUGAACCCAGGAGGCGGAGGUUGUGGUGAGCCGAGAUCGCGCCAUUGCACUCCAGUCUGGGUAACAACAGCGAAACUCCGUCUCAAAAAAAAAAAAAUGUUAACAAAUAUGAUGAAAUACAUAUAAUAUGAAAUUUACCAUCCUAACCAUUUUAAGUGUAUACUUCAGUGGUAAUGAGUAUUGUUACACAGCCAUCACCAGUGUUUAUCUCCAGAACUCUUCAAUCUUGCAAACCUUUAGAGUUAUCAACAUGUAAGAUAAUAUCACCUGUGAUCAGAAAUAAUUUUACUUCUUCCUUUCCAAUUUGGCUGCCUUUUACUUCUUUUCUUUCAUAAUUACACUGGCUAGGACUUCCAGUACCAUGUUGAACAGAAGUAGAGAAAGAGGAGAUCUUUGCCUUGUUCCUGAUCAAAAAGCUUUUGGUUUUUCACGAUUGAGAAUGAUUUAACUGUAGGUUUUUUUAUAUGUGGUUUUUGGUACAUUGACAUAGUUUUCUUUUAUUCGUUUCUUGAAUGUUUUUUUUUUUGCCAAAUAAAUUCAAGGCUGGUAAUAUUAGGGAAUAUUACAGUGGGGAGAGAAGAUCCUAGAGAUGGAUAUUCAUCUCAUGUACUAGGGUUAGAUCAGCAGCUUUGUGUAGUGACGAAUAAAAGGAAACUCCUUUAUUUUGUUUCUUAAAAAGAAUGAAAGAAAGAAAGAAAAAAAGAGGGGCCAGGCGCGGUGGCUCACGCCUAUAAUCCCAGCACUUUGGGAGGCCGAGGCGGGUGGAUCAUGAGGUCAAGAGAUCGAGACCAUCCUGGUCAACAAGGUGAAACCCCGUCUCUACUAAAAAUACAAAAAUUAGCUGGGCAUGGUGGUGCACACCUGUAGUCCCAGCUAUUGGGGAGGCUGAGACAGGAGAAUUGCUUGAACCCAGGAGUCAGAGGUUGCGGUGAGCCGAGAUCGUGCCAUUGCACUGCAGUCUGGGUAACAACAGCGAAACUCUGUCUCAAAAAAAUAAAAAUAAAAAAGAAUGAAAGAGAGAAAGAGGAAGAGAAAGAGGGAGAGAGAACGGGAGUCCUGUUUUAUUGCCCAGGCUAGAAUGCAGUCUAAAAAUGGGUACUGAAAACCUCUUUUAUGGCAAUAAUUGUGCUUAACAAUGGAGACAGGAAGGAAUAAGGGAGGAAAAUAACAAACAAGCAGCCAACCAAUAUUUCAUUUAAACCUGUGAAAUGCUGUGCAAUUACUGAGGAGUGAUUUCCUUCCAAUUAUGUAGUCACUUUUAGAGUAGGUGUGAUGUGGUACUGAUAUGAAUGAAUGUUUUGUGUAUUUGGGGUGGAGAGUUCUAUAAACAUUUAUUAAGUUUACUUUUUCCGGGUCUGAGUUCGAGUUCUGGAUAUCCUUGUUAAUUUUCUGUCUCGUUGAUCUGUCUAAUAUUAACCAUGUGAUGUUAAAGUCUCCCACUAUUAUUGUGUGGGAGUCUAAGUCUCUUUAUAAGUCAUUAGGAACUUGUCUUAUGUAUCUGGGUGCUCCUGUAUUGGGUGCACAUAUAUUUAGGAUCUUUAGCUCUUCUUGUUGCAUUGAUCCUUUUACCAUUAUGUAAUGUCCUUCUUUGCCUCUUUUGAUCUUUGUUGCUUUAAAGUCUAUUUUAUCAGAGGUGAGAAUUGCAACUCCUGCUUUUUAUUUAUUUAUUUAUUUUUGCUCUCCAUUUGGUUGGUAAAUUUUCCUCCAUCCCUUUGUUUUGAGUCUUUGUGUAUCCUUGCAUAUGAGAUGGGUCUGGAUGCAGCAUACCAAUGGGUUUUGACUUUCCAUCCAAAUGCCUGUCUGUGUCCUUUGAUUGGGGGAUUUAGUUGACUUAAAUUUAGGAUUAAUGAAAAUAUAUGUGAGUUUAAUACUGCCAUUUGAUGCUAGCUGGCUGUUUUGCCCAUUCGUUGAUGUAAAUUCUUCAUUAUGUUGAUGCUCUUUACUUUUUAGUAUAUUUUUGGAAAGGCUGUUACUUGUUGUUCCUUUCUAUGCGUAGUGCUUCUUUCAGAAGCUCUUGCAAAGCAGGGCUGGUGGUGAUGAAAUCUCUAAAUACUUGCUUGUUCACAAAAGAUUUUAUUUUUCCUUCACUUGUGAAGCUUAGUUUGGCUGGAUAAGAAAUUCUGGGUUGAAAGUUCUUUUCUUUAAGGAUGUUGAAUAUUGGCCCCCACUCUCUUCUGGCCUGUAGGAUUUCUGCUGAGAGAUCUGCUGUGAGUCUGAUGGGCUUCCCUUUGUGGAUAACCUGACCUUUCUCUCUGGCUGCCCUUAGCAUUUUCUCCUUCAUUUCAACCCUGAUGAAUCUGACGAUUAUGUGCCUUGGGGUUGCUCUUCUUGAGGAAUAUCUUUGUGGUGUUCUCUGUAUUACCUGGAGUUGAAUAUUGUCAUACCUAGCUAGGUUGGGAAAGUUUUCCUGAAUAAUAUCCUGAAGAGUAUUUUCCAGCUUGGAUUCAUUCUCUUCGUCACAUUCAGGUACCCCUAUCAAACAUAGGUCUUUUCACAUAGUCCCAUAUUUCUUGGAGACUUUGCUCAUUCCUUUUUAUCCUUUUUUCUCUAAUCUUGUCUUCUCGUUUUAUUUCAAGUUGGUCUUCGACCUCUGAUGUCCUUUCUUCUGCUUGAUCAAUUCGACUGUCAAAACUUGUGCAUACUUCGUGAAAUUCUCAUGUUGUGUUUUUCAGCUCCAUUAAUUCACUUAUAUUCCUCUCUAAAUGUCUAUUUUCGUUAGCAUUUCGUCAAACCUUUUUUCAAGGUUCUUAGUUUCUUUUCAUUGGGUUAGAACAUAUUCUUUUAGCUCACAGAAGUUUCUUAUUACUCAUCUUCUGAAGCCUGAUUCUGACAACUGAUCACAUUCGUUCUCCAUCAGACCUUGUUCCCUUGCUGAUGAGGAGCUACGAUCCCCUGAAGGAGGAGAGGCAUUCUGAUUUUGGAUGUUUUCAGCCUUUUUAUGCUGGUUUCUUCCCAUCUUUGUGGAUUUAUCCACCUGUUGUCUUUGUAAUUGCUGACUUUCAGAUUGGGUCUCUGAGUGGGCAUCCAGAUUGUUGGUGGUGAUGUUAUUUCUGUUUCUUUGUUUUCCUUUGGCGGAUGCCUCUCCCCCACAGAGCUGGACCUUCCCAGGUUCAGCUGUGCUUGCUGUGAAACUGAACCGUCAGCAUUUCCAAUUGCUGUUUUUUUGUGGGGUAGGACCAGCCGAACCCGAUCACCUGGCUCCCUGCUUCGGAGCCCCCUAUUUUUCUUUUCCUAAUUGAACGAUCGAUUCUCUCCCAGGUGCCCCAGUCGCCCGCCGAAAAGGCUCCGGGAUCUAUACAAUUUCCUGAGCAGCAACCAGCCAGCUGAAACAGCUGCGCUCAGAUUUGUGGCGUCUUUCUGCCCAGGAAUCUCCCGGUCUGGCUCCCGGCUUCAGUACCCCUCCUAAUCAGCUGAAUGGGUGACUCUGCCUUCUGGGAGCUCCAAACGCCAACUAAAAGGGCACCCAGUCCCGCAUACUCUGCACUGAGAACCGCUGCGCUGGGACGCCAGCCAAAGAGCCACGCCGGCCAAAAGAGUCACGCUGGCGACCCGUGGGGCUCCUCUGCCGGGAAUCUCCUGGUCCAUAAGCAACAAAAAUUCAUCUGGAAGUCUGGCGUCCACUCAGUCCAUGCCCUUCACAGGGAGCUGCGACCCUGAGCUGCUGCUAGAUGGCCAUCUUGGAUCUCUCUCCUUCGAGUGUUUUCUUUUUUUUUAAAACAUGAAAUGGUAUUGAAUUUUUGUCAAAUGCUUUUUCUGUAUCAAGAUAGAUGAUUUUUCCCCUUUAUUCUGUUGAUAUUGAUUGUUUUUCAUGUGUUGAACCAUCUUGCAUUCUAGGAAUAAAUUCCACUUGGACAUGCUUUAUAA